UUGCUGGUCUUGCCCACGACCCGCUCACGCAUUGAGUACUCACCCGUCACCGGUCAUGUUGCGAUCAUAACCUCAAGGUGGCAGUGUCAGAGCGACUCGCUCGCGGGCCGCGAUGUACUGAUCUUCUUGUUGACAAACCGAUCAUCUCACGAGAGACGCGUGAUCCCCAUGCUGCGACACAUGGCAGACUCAGAGGCGGGCCAGGGUCAUUGA